CGAUCCAAAUCCCAUCGAGGAACGAGGCGUGCGUGGCGCAGGCCACCGCCCGCCGGCAGCACACCCCCCGCAGGAGGACGUCACGGAGACAACGCAGCAGAGGAUGCCUGAACGCCCCCCACCUCUCCUCCAUUGCCAACGCUAACGCCCUCACUCUUCCCCCUUCACUUUCCCCUUCCCCGCCCGCCCGCCGAUCCACACCACCCCGUCUCGCCCAGCGCCACCGCCAUCCUCGUCGCCGGAGAGAAGGCGGUACUAGCGAUGGGUCGCCCGCCCAGCACCGGCGCCCCGGCGUUCCGCUUCCUCCCGUCCGAGGUGGCGGAGAUGGAGGCGCGCCUGCAGCAGCUCAACAACGCCAUCCCCAGCCGCGCCGUGCUCCAGACCCUCGCCGACAAGUUCUCCGCCUCGCCCGAGCGCGCCGGCAGGGUCGCCAUCCAGCCCAAGCAGGUGUGGAACUGGUUCCAGAACAGGCGCUACUCGCACCGGGCCAAGACCACCAGGGCCGCGCCGCCGCCGGCGGCUAAGAUGACGCCCUCGGGGGCCGACCACAUCCAGCACGCCGCCAACUCAUCCGCCUUCAGGGCCGCCCAGCCCUCUGCUGCCGCUGCGCACCACGGCUCCUCCCCAUCCACAGGGAAGAACCCUGUGGAGGGUGUCCAGGUCGAGUUUGAAGCCAAGUCAGCUCGAGAUGGCGCAUGGUAUGAUGUUGCCGCGUUUCUGUCUCAUAGGUUGUUUGAAUCAGGGGAACCGGAAGUACGGGUUCGUUUUUCUGGAUUUGGAGCAGAGGAAGAUGAAUGGAUCAAUGUUCGUAAAUGUGUGCGACAGCGUUCUCUUCCAUGCGAGGCCACUGAAUGUGUUGCUGUGCUUCCUGGGGACCUCAUUCUUUGCUUUCAGGAAGGUAAAGAGCAGGCUCUCUAUUUUGAUGCACGUGUCCUUGAUGCCCAAAGGAGAAGGCAUGAUGUAAGAGGAUGCCGAUGUAGAUUUCUUGUUCGCUAUGAUCAUGACUCUUCUGAGGAAAUUGUUCCACUGAGGAAGGUGUGUCGCCGACCAGAAACUGAUUACAGGCUUCAGAUUCUGCAUGCAGCCAGAGCGGCAGCCACCAUGGAUGCUCACACCCCACCCAAAGAGGUCAAAGUGGAGGCAACAUCUAACGAGAAGAGCCCAGCUGAGCAGAAACCCCCAAAGCAGCACAAGAUGAUGGACGUGAACACCGAUGAGGUGUCCAUGGUCUCCAGCGUGGAACAAGAAGUGACACCAGGCAAGACUGUUGCCCCCCUGCCGUCAGCAACACCAGAAACCCGCAAUUCAAGUUCAGACAUCGUGAUGAAGGAAGCGGAGGCUUCCUCGGUGGUUGAAGACGAUGAUGAAGUACAAGUGGUUGAAAAGAUGAAAGAUGGGGAGUAGUUUUUCUUUUCCGUGCAUUGUGUGUUGGAUUAACUUGAUGUUGUCGUACAAACUUGUCUAAUUCUAGUAGUAUCUAUUUAGCUCAGGGCCUAUUGUAUUUACCAUCUAGCGUCUUGGUGGCUUGGAAGAUUGCUGCUUAACAGCUUAAGUUAAGCAUUGACUGUUUUUCAAAAGGUGAAGUCCGUAGCGCAAGGAAGUAUUGAUACAUGCAAAA